GCAUUACACAUCGAGUAAGAAAUAUUCAAAGCCUUUCUCGGCAUUUCCUUUGCCACCUUUCUCUCCCCACCACCACAACCACCGCCCCAAUCCCUCUCUCAUCAUAUCGGACUUCUCUUUCUUCCAAAAAUCUUUAUUUCAUUUUUGUCUCCAUUUCAAUCAAAAAACAAAGAAAACACUGAUACAUCCUCUCCCUUCCAGCGAGCCAACCCACCACCACAACUCCCAACUUUGAGGCCUGAGACGACGUCGCAUGACGCAAUGCCGUGCCACCUCUUCUCUUGCUUUGGCAGAAAGACCUCUUCCUCAAAGAAGGAAGCCUUGGAGAACCCCACCGCGGAUAUGACCCCGGCGGAUGAGGGAAGGAGAGGUGCAGUGGUGGUGGAGCUCUUCUCGUCGCAGGGCUGUGGCACCUCCCCGGAGGCAGAACUGGUGCUGUCGAGGCUUGGGAAAGGGAACUUCAACCUCGAGGUGCCAGUGAUCGUGUUGGCCUACCAUGUGGACUAUUGGGAUCAUGUGGGGUGGAAGGACCCAUUUGGGUCCAGCCUAUGGACGGUUAGGCAAAAGGCUUACGUGGAGGCCUUGAAGCUUGACACUAUUUUCACGCCUCAAGUUGUGGUACAAGGUACGGCCCAAUGCGUUGCCAACGAUCAGGAAGCCAUUCUCUCCACCAUCGCGUCCGUAUCUCCAUUCCCUGCUCCGAUACUGCAGGCAACAUUCCAGAGGCCUUCAGCAGAGACCCUGCAAGUCUCUGUAACAGGGACUUUAAGGUCCAAGGUGGACAGCAAUGGCGCCAAUGUCAUGGUGGCUCUGUAUGAGAACGGUCUGGUUACUGACUGUACCAAGGGGGAGAACAAAGGCAAAGUCCUACCCAACGACUUCGUUGUUCGCAAGCUUGAAAAGCUCUGCUCUGUUAAAGACAUCUCUGCCAAGAAAACAGUUUCAGGAACUGUUAAUUGCUUUCUAUGGGAAGGUUUCAACAGCAACAAAUGUGGCGUCGCUGUCUUCAUUCAACAGAACGGUUCUCAUCAUAUUCUCGGAGCUCAGAAUUUUCAACUGCCGGAGGGUUUAUAAGGUUUACUAGCUUGUGUGUUCUAAUGAUUAAAAUUCUGGGCAUGGUUAGUAGAAAAGUUGUCGAGGGAUUUCCUUUGGGAAGGUAAGGAUGAAGGGAAGAAGGAUCAUUUAGUGAAUUGGAAGAUAGUUUUAUUACCAAAAGAGAAGGGGGGUUUGGCGAUUGGUAAUAUUUCGACUAGGAACCUGGCCUUAAUUGGCAAGUGGUUAUGGAGAUUUCUAACUGAGAAUGAUUCACUAUGGCAUUCUGUUAGUAGAAGCAAGUAUGGGAUUCAUGAUACUGAUAAGGAUUCACAAAUGGUUAUGAGGGGUACUUGUCGUGCUCCUUGGAAGUCAAUUUCUCACAUCUAUCCACUUUGGUCUUGUUAUCUUUCAAUGAGGGUGGGUAAUGGGGAGCUUGUUCGAUUCUAGGAAGAUGUUUGGGUGGGAUCCUCUUCUUUUGCCUCAGAUUUUCAACAUUUAUAUAGAAUGGCUCGAUCUCACAAUUGUUUCGCUGCUUCCAUGGCUUGUUCAUUUUUUGCUCCAAUUUCUUGGAAUUUCAACUUUUCUAGAAAUCUCAAUGAAAGGGAGACUGUGGAAUUGACAUCUCUCUUGUCAAGACUUGAUCUUUUUUCUUUGGUUCUUCUUUUGGAAGAUAAGAGCAUUUAGGCUCUUCAUUCAUCGGGUAUCUUUUCUUGAAAGUCCUUUUUUGAUAAAAUCAUUAAUAAUCCUCAAGUUCUCAAUUUUCUUUUUGUAAAAGAAUUUAGAAAGCUUGUGUUCCUCUUAAGGUGAAGGUGUUCAUGUGGUCCUUGGUUCACGGAGGUAUUUUGACAAUCAAUUUCUAAAUCCUCAAUGGUGCAUUAUGUAUUGUAAGGAUGGUGAAUCCUUGGAUCACUUAGUUUUGUAUUUUCUAGUUGUUUUGAGCUUAUGGCAAAGAUUGUUUCUUUUGAGAAAUGUUAUGUGGGUAGCCCCAAAAGGUGGUGGGCACAUGCUAUUAAUUGACUUUUGCACUUUGAGAGGAUCGAAGAGGGCCAAAGUACUUUGGUAUUGUGUCGUCUUUGCAACUUUUUGGGUUUUUAUGGUUGGAAAGGAAUGCGUGGGUUUUCGAAGAUAAAUCUCGAGAUAUGGAUUUUUUGUGAGAAAAAGUUUGUCAGUUAACUUCAUUUUGGGUUUCGGUGACUCCUCUCUUUAGGGGGAUUCCACUGUUUUUGUUAGCUAAAGAUUGGUUAUCGGUGUGACAUAGAGAGUUUUUUUGGUGCACUCUUGUGUUUGGGUUUUGUAUUUUUACUUUGUUUUGUUCUUACUUUUAGAGGAUGUCUUCUCCUCAUUUCUUACUUUUGAUUAAUCAAUAAAAUUAAUCUUUGUUGUUGAUCCCCACAAAAAAAAGAAAAAAAAGAAAAGAAAAGAAAAGAAAAGGUUUGAAUAGCUUGUUUGUUUUUAAUAUGAUGAUAUUGCAGCCAAGCUUUCAAGCUGUUAUGUACAUAAUGUUUUCAGAAUUAGGUUAAUGGCAUUUUUUAUUUAUUUUAUGAUCUUUCUGAUUUUUAGGAGGAGAGAGUUUUUAAUGUUAAGAAAUUUCUUCAUGUGACUUGGAAAUUUAUUUAUUUUUUUGGUUGAUAAAUAAACAACCUUUUUAUUGAGAGGGCAUCAAGACGACGCAAAGAAUACAAAAACUAGCCUCACAGCUAGAAGCAACAAAAACCAAAAUUGCACUAAACAUCAAGGCAAAGAGCAAUGAAGACUACUACUGAAUCAAGUCCCCUACAAAAUCAACAAAAGACAAAACAUCUCGGUCCACUGUCAACGAUAUCCAACUGUGCAACACAAUGAACAAACGCCGUUCCAACCAAGUUACUGUGCGCAACUCCCCUAAGAAUACCCUCCUAUUAUGCCCCAACCAAACUAGCCAUAUAAGACAAUGACCAACCAUUAUCCAUGCCUUCCGCCUUCUCUUCCCAACCCUCCCUCCAACCCAACUUUGUAACACCGCCCUCACUGUCCCCGGUUGAAUCCAAGCCAAAUUAAAGAUAGCAACUAUAGACAUCCAAAAGCGUGAAGCAACUAGACAACAAAUAAGCAAAUGGUCCACCGU